GCAGGGUCGGUGGGUGGGGAGAUUUAAACUCAGUGCCCUGGUGGCCGAAGAAGGAGGCUGAAGAUGGGACCGGGGAGGCUGGUGCCCACGCUGGUCCUGGCGCUCGUGCUGGCCACGGGGUCCCGGCCACAGGAACAGCUGCCCAGGGAGGCCCACAGCCUCAACUGGAACAAGUUUUCAGGGUUCUGGUACGUUCUGGCUGUUGCCUCCGAUGGCCAGGGGUUCUUGCCUGGCAGACACACGAGGAAGCUGGGGGCAUCCACGGUGAAGGUUCACAAAGUGGGCCGGCUGAAGGUGGUCCUGGCCUUUAGCCGGUCACAGGGGUGCCAGUCAUACACGUUAAUUCUUCGGAAAGAUGGGAAGAAGGCUGUGUUCAGGAACACACUGAAGGGGGUGGAGGGUUUCCACGUGCUGUCCACGGACUACAGCUUCGGCGUGGUCUACCUGCGCCUGGGCCGCGCCGGCCGGACCGCCAAGAUGCUACUGUUCUUAAGCAGACGGGACACGUCCAGCUUCCCGAGCAUGAAAAGAUUCGUAGACAUAGCCACCUGUGCGCACACCAUCCUGCCCUGAGGGCCACCACCUUUACUUUGGGGCUCGCUCGUGGUCCUCCGAGACCCCAGGAGCGUUCUUCGCGAUUCCGGGAGUUCUCAUCCCGCGGCUUGCUGAGAGGUGUCUGGUGACCCCAGGCCGCUGAUGGGGUGAAGUCCAAGGGCCGUGGCUCUAGUCCAAGAGGGAUCCUUGAUGAUCCUCAGGAGCUGGGGAUAGGGGGGCACGUGCUGGCCGGCAGGGAGAGUCCAGUCCUGGCCCGUCAGCUCGUGCCCUCCAGGUUCCGCGGCCGAGAGGGGCUGUCACCUCCUGUCUGCUGGGAAAUAGACCUCAGACCGGUCCAGUGUAA